GUUGUGGGGUUCCGUAUAUCACAAACGGCACGACGAGAAUGCAUUCGGGUAACCAAUUUGGGAAUUCUCAUUACGAGUUCUUCCCUGGAAACCCCAAAUGGGAGCUGGAACUUCCAGCGGCACUGUGGGUACGGUGGCGAACGCAUUGGUGAAGUGGGCAAACGUGACAACGUUCAUAUUCAAUUUGGUGGAGGACCAUGACGAAGCGGAUUUUAAGAUCCGUUUCCAGAGGUGGGAUCAUGGAGAUGGAGUCACUUUCGAUAGGCCUCGUGGGGUUCUUGCUCCUGCCUUUUCGCCCAUGGGUGAGAGGUUUCACUUCGAUGCCGAUGAGAAUUGGGUGGUCGGCGUGUUGCCGAAGUUGUUCGAAUUGGAGACGGUGGCGCUGCAUGAAUUGGGCCAUAUUUUGGGCCUAGGCCAUUCCUCGAAUGGAGAUGCCAUUAUGUUUCCAAAUAUUGGGCCAGGGAUGAUUAAAGGGCUGAGCCCAGAUGAUAUUAAAGGAAUCCGAGUUUUGUAUAAUUUAAAUUCAUGUAAUACAGAUUAAAUCCUACAUUAAAAGUGCAGUUCUAUAAAUUUAUUAAAAUUUU